AUGUCGCACACAAUCAAGAACGUGGCUAUUGCUGGGGCCAGUGGAAAUGUCGGAGCUCGGGUACCCAGCGCAUUACUCGAUCUUAACGAAUUCAACGUGACUGUGCUCAGUCGCAAUUCCAAAGCCUUCCCGGCCGCAGCUCGCGUGAAAGUUGUGGACUUCACUUCGGUGGAGUCAUUAUCUGCUGCCAUCGCCGGACAGGACGCAGUUAUCGAUACUACUUUUUCGCCGGAAAUUGACACACCACUCCGACUUAUUGACGCAGCGGCCAAGGCUGGGGUUUAUCGCUUUAUCACCAGUGAUUUUGGACUCGAUCCAGACCUACCCGGUAUUCAUGAUUUGCCUGUUUUUGGCCGAAAGAAAGCUUCUUAUGAGGCCGUGAAGAGACAGGCGGCUGAUAAUCGCUUGACGUACACCCUGGUAGCAUGUGGUGCGUUUCUUGACUGGAGUCUCUCCACUGGGGUUUCCGGUCUGGACUUGCAAGAAAAGAAAGCUUUCAUCUUUGGUGAUGGAAACAACGUCGUUCCAUGGACGACGUUGGAGGAUGUUGGCAGAGUGACUGCGAAUGUGCUUUUGCAUCCGCAGGAGACUCUGAACCGCCCAGUCUAUGUUCACUCCGUGUUAAUGUCGCAAAAUCAAAUUUUCGAUGCAGCAAAAGAGAUCUUAGGUAACGAGGGAUGGAAAGUCACUUAUAACGACAUGGCACCUCUUUGGAAAAUGCGUUGA